CGCUGCGACGCAAGUACGGUACGGGGAGGACGAGAAGCAACGGCGCGAGUGCGCCACACGCUGGCUGGGAGCGGCCGCCGACGGCGAAUACCCACCAGGUACACCGGUCCGGUCCGGGAGCUGGGGAGGAAGCUAGGGGAGUGGGACCGGAGAGCGCAAUCGGCAGAGAUCAGAGAGGGUUCAUCCGGGGAUGCCCACUAUGGAAGCAGGAACAUCCACCAACCAGGUGCUGCAACAACUGUCCUGGUCUUCUCUGCAUGCUGAUCUGCUCAAUCUGAUCGCGGACAGGGUUAUCGCAACCGACUUGUUGGACUAUGUCAGGUUCCGAGCGGUGUGCGUCGGCUGGCGUGACACCACUCCCUGCCCACAGGGCCAUGGGGUGGUUGACCCGCGCUUCCACCCACGCCAAUGGAUGAUGUUUCCAGAGGGCAGCGGGCUGCAGCCUGGCCACCCUGCUUUGGGUGGCUAUGUCCGCUUCUUCAACGUCUCCACUGGUGCCUUUGUCCGUGUCCACCUCCCUUGCUUCAAGAACCAUUCCGUGCUUGACUGCCCCGAGGGCCUCCUACUGCUGGAGCACGAAAAGGACUCUGCCAUGUGCCUCCUUCACCCCUUCACUGGUGAUGUGGCCGAGUUCCCUCCCCUAUCCUCCCUCAUCCAACAGCUGAUCAAGUUGCGCUUCAACAAAGGCGAGAAUACUGCCCAAUUAAGGUGUGGCUUAUUCAAUAUCUUUGCAGCUGUCUCUGUCCGUGCGGAUCACACUGUCACAGUCAUGCUCGCGAUCAGCAACGUUGGGCACGUGGCAUAUGCAUCCACCGGUGACCGGCAAUGGACUCUCGCAAGCUGGGAAAUGAGUGGCGUGUGGACAGCAGUCCCGUUCCAUGGCAGCUUCUAUGUGGUGAGGGAGUGGAAACGUAACCCCUCGAUCAUGCGCAUCGAUCCACCGGACGGAUCCAGUCCUUCCUUUUGGUCGUCGACACCGCCGCAAAAGGUUGCCACAUGCCCAACCGAGCAGAUGACUAAGCCUUACCUGGUGGUGUGCAAUUCUGAGCUUAUUCUAGUUGGUUAUGCAGACAAACACUCCAGGCUUGUGGUUCUUCGGCUUGCUGACCUCCUGCUCGGAGCCUCUGCACUACCAUUGAUGAGCAUCGGUGACAACGCCCUCUUCAUUGGCCCUAGCAACAUGACUGUCAACUCCAAGAACCUACCGUGCGUCCAGGGGAACUCCAUCACCAUCCUUACUACUUCGGGUAGCGAUGGUCAACUGCUCCAAUACGAUCUGGCAAAAGGUACCCGGUCAGUGGUGUGCGAUGGGAACUUUCUAAAGUUCAGCUGGCCUAUACCGAGGCCAUAUAGCCUUGUCCACCACAUUGUCACUUGCUGCCACCGUCUUUUCUGGAGCAGUGGUCACAUCUGGCGUGACAACGAAUCUGAGGUUUACAUGCAGUGGGGUGCCAGAGCACGCGCAAGAGUCCCAGUCUCCCUAUAUCUUCAUCUGCUUCAAGUGCAUGACGGAAGAAAUUUCUGACUGCGCCCAUCCACGUGUUUACCACUACAGUGUAUCUACUCUCGUGAUGAUAUUUCAGUCUCUUGCUCUGGAACGCACACAGAAAAAUGCUUCAUUAUUGUGCUCUGUCGUUAACUGGUAAACUAUGCUUCCACAGUGCUGUGACCUUCAGUAGAUGUACUCAUUAAACAUUAACUCAUGAUGCUGAAUUGCUAGUGAGUUGCAUC